AACUUCAGUUCAGUUGAAUUUAGCUGACAAGAUCUUGAAUCUUACCUUGACUAAUAUCUAUUUGAAAUUUCUAUAGAUAAGUUUUAUUUGGUGAAAAUCAAGAUGAAUAUCACGUCUGCAGCUGGUAUUAUAUCUCUGCUGGAGGAGCCAAUGCCGGAAUUAAAGGUGUUUGCUCUGAAGAAGCUGGAUAUGAUCGUGGAUGAAUUUUGGCCUGAAAUUUCUGAAGCGAUUGAAAAGAUUGAAAUUCUACAUGAAGAUAAGUCGUUUAAUCAACACGAAUUGGCUGCAUUAGUGGCCAGUAAAGUUUAUUACCAUCUAGGAAGUUUUGAAGAUUCCCUUACUUAUGCUCUUGGUGCAGGUGAACUGUUUGACGUUAAUGCUCGCAAUGAAUACGUUGAUACUACCAUAGCUAAAUGCAUUGAUUAUUAUACUCAACAACGAGUAUUGGAAGCUGAAGGAAAAUUACCACCCGGUAGUAAGGGAAUAGAUCCAAGACUUGAAGGAAUUGUUAAUAGGAUGUUUCAUCGUUGUCUAGAAGACAAUCAAUAUCGUCAGGCACUUGGUCUUGCUCUUGAAACACGCAGAAUGGAUGUUUUUGAAGCUGCUAUUAUGCAAUCUGUAAGAAACAAAGAUGAUAUAAGCGGCAUGCUGUCAUACGCAUUCCAAGUUGUUAUGAGUCUUAUUCAAAAUAGGGGCUUCCGUAAUACUGUACUACGUUGCUUAGUAAACCUUUAUCGUAAUUUGGGAACACCUGAUUACGUUAAUAUGUGUCAGUGCCUCAUCUUUCUUGAUGAUCCAUUAGCUGUCGCAGAACUUUUAGAUAAACUUAGCAAAGGUUCACAAGAUUGUGUCUUGAUGGCCUAUCAAAUUGCCUUUGAUUUGUAUGAAUCAGCUACGCAACAGUUCCUUGGUCGUGUUUUACAAGCAUUGCGAGCCACUGCUCCGAUACCAUCAGCUCUUAUGGUAAAACCGAUUAUUAAGCCUGCUGCUAAACCAACUGCUGAAACUAGUUCUAAUUCUACCAGUAUGGAGACUGAAAGUAGUACACCAGUAGUAGAAGAAAAGACUCAACGUAGUAUCGACAGCUUAAGUCCUGAAGAAAAGGAACAGCAAGAACGAGUCGAUGCUUUGUCCAGUAUUUUGGGAGGAGAAGUAUCAAUUGAUUUACAUUUACAAUUUCUAAUUCGUAGUAAUCAUACAGAUAUGUUAAUAUUAAAAAAUACAAAGGAUGCCAUACGUGUAUCCAUUUGCCACACUGCCACAGUGAUAGCAAAUGCAUUUAUGCAUUCUGGUACUACCAGUGAUCAAUUUUUACGAGAUAAUUUGGAAUGGUUAGCUCGUGCUACAAACUGGGCCAAGUUGACAGCAACAGCUUCGUUAGGUGUUAUUCACAGGGGUCACGAACAAGAAGCAUUAGCAUUAAUGCAAUCUUAUUUGCCACGUGAUACUGGAGCUGGUGCAGGUUAUUCGGAAGGUGGUGGUCUUUAUGCACUCGGGCUAAUUCAUGCAAAUCAUGGUGCUGCCAUAACAGAUUAUCUGUUAGGUCAACUAAAAGAUGCACAGAAUGAGAUGGUCCGUCAUGGUGGUUGCUUAGGACUUGGUUUAGCGGCCAUGGGUUCUCAUCGUCAAGAUGUAUACGAGCAAUUGAAAUUUAAUUUAUAUCAAGAUGAUGCAGUUACUGGUGAAGCAGCAGGAAUUGCAAUGGGAAUGGUCAUGUUGGGUUCUAAAUCUCCGCAAGCUAUCGAAGAUAUGGUAGCGUAUGCACAAGAAACUCAACAUGAGAAAAUUCUACGUGGGUUGGCAGUAGGUAUUGCAUUUACUAUGUAUGGACGUCUAGAGGAGGCUGAUCCUCUCGUUUCAUCCCUUUGCGCCGAUAAGGAUCCGAUUUUACGAAGGAGCGGCAUGUACACGUUGGCUAUGGCAUAUUGUGGUACUGGAAACAAUCAAGCCAUACGAAAGUUACUGCACGUUGCUGUUUCUGACGUAAAUGACGAUGUCCGGCGGGCUGCAGUCACUGGCUUAGGAUUCCUCUUGUUCAGAACACCAGAGCAAUGUCCAAGCGUAGUAUCUCUCCUAGCUGAAAGUUAUAAUCCUCAUGUCCGAUAUGGCGCCGCAAUGGCUCUGGGAAUUGCCUGUGCUGGUACCGGCUUGAAAGAGGCAAUAGCACUCUUAGAUCCAAUGACGAACGACCCUGUGAACUUCGUCAGACAGGGAGCGUUGAUAGCCUCGGCAAUGAUCCUCAUUCAACAGACCGAAGCAACCUGUUCUCGCGUCAAGGAUUUCCGUGCCCUUUACGCGAAGGUAGUUGUCGACAAACACGAGGACGUUAUGGCCAAGUUCGGUGCUAUUCUUGCCCAGGGUAUCAUCGAUGCUGGUGGUCGUAACGUAACAGUUUCACUUCAAUCUAGAACAGGUCACACGAAUAUGUUAGCAGUCGUUGGUGCUCUUGUGUUCACUCAGUAUUGGUACUGGUUCCCCUUAGCUCAUUGUCUUGCCCUAGCAUUUACACCUACUUGCUUAAUAGCUUUGAAUGCUCAAUUAAAAAUGCCAAAAUUAGAGGUUCGUUCGAAUGCACGUCCAAGUAUCUACGCAUAUCCGGCACCACUCGAAGAGAAAAAACGUGAAGAAAGGGAAAAGGUCACUACCGCUGUUCUGAGUAUUGCUGCACGGGCACGUAGGAAGGAAUCUGAGAGAAGAGCACGUGACUCUCAUGAAAAAAUGGAUGUGGAUCCACCUGUAGUGGUAGAAACGAAGGAAAGCGUUGAAGUCAAAGAAACAUUGUCAUCGUCAUCGUCGUUGUCUUUGCCGUCGUCGUCUUUGCCGUCGUCGUCGUCGUCGUCGUCGUCGUCAUCGUCAUCGUCGUCAACAACAACGUCAGCGUCAUCGUCGGCAACGGCUUCGAAAGAUAAAGAAGAGAAGAAAAAGGAAAAGGAAGAGAAGAAGAAAGAAAAGGAGGAGAAAAAGAAAGAAAAGGAUGAAAAAAAGAAAGAGAAAGAAGAGAAGGAGGUUAAGGAUACGAAAGAGAGAAUCGAUAAGAAGAGCAAAGAUGACACGGAAAAGAGCGAAAAGGAAAAGAAGGAACCGGAGCCUAACUUCGAAAUUCUUCAAAAUCCUGCGAGAGUAUUACGGCAACAACUGAAGGUCAUUCAAUUAGUCGAAGGUAGUCCUUACGUCCCGGUCAAGGAUCUUCAAAUUGGUGGAAUUGUUAUGGUGAAACAUGUUCAAGCGGAUUCAGAAGAGGAAUUGGUUGAACCAGUCGCUGCAUUCGGACCAAAGCCAGAUGAAGAAAAAGAAGCUGAUCCACCAGAACCUUUUGAAUAUUCCGAAGAUUAAGAGGGGGAACAAUCUGACCUAAUUAAUUAUUCUCCCGCUUAAAAGUAAUAAUAAGUCAUUGUGUCUCAUAUAUAGGUACAGACAUAUAUACAAUAUAUAUACAUACACAUCAUAUAUACGUAAAUACGUGUCUCUCCUUUGUACGUGUACGCGCGUAUUCUUCUUUAGCAAGAUGCAUUUCUAUUCUUGAUUGCUGUUAUUAUUGUUAUUAUUAUUUUUGUUUUUUUUUUUCUUUUUAUUUUUAGUACACCGUUUUAGAGUGAUACUUUUAUUUCGAAUAAAACGGAACUUCGUCAAAGAAAACAUUAUUGUUUAUUUAUCCUCCUUUUCGAUAUAAUCGACAAUUAACAUUUGGGAUUUUUAACGUAAUAAAAACAAUCAUGUGUGUAAUCAAUGUGUAAGAAACCCUCUUUGUUAUUAUUUCUAAUAUCAUUGUUUCGAAUAAUACGAAUUUAUUUCGACAUGAUAAUAUUAAAGUUUAUCACCCUUCUCUCUCUUUCUCUUUCUCUCUCUGUCAUUUAUCCCUAUAAUUGUGCAUAAUCGAUAAUAAAAUAUUUAAU